AAAGUCAGAAGGAAAUGAAGCCACAAUGUGAACAAAAGAGCUCUAACAUUUUUUUUUCUCCUGCUGCCUCCCUCCCUCUUCACCGUCCUCCCCACAUAGAGCUACUCUACCCCACUUUGGUUGUAGUGUGACAUCCCUGCCUGCCCGAGGAAGAAACAAUGAGCAGGGACUGCAAUUGCAGACAAGUGUCACCCAGAAGCCACAAGUUUCUGUAAGCACCAGGUCUACAGACCACCCAAGGCAUAGCAAUGGCAUUAUCACUGGAAGAAUUCGUCCACUCUCUUGACCUCAGGACCCUACCCAGGGUUCUAGAAAUCCAGGCAGGCAUCUAUUUUGAAGGCUCUAUUUAUGAAAUGUUUGGAAAUGAAUGCUGUUUCUCAACAGGAGAAGUUAUUAAAAUUACUGGUCUCAAAAUUAAGAAGAUCAUAGCUGAAAUUUGUGAGCACAUUGAAGGUUGUGAGUCUCUACAGCCAUUUGAACUGCCUAUGAAUUUUCCAGGUCUUUUUAAGAUUGUGGCUGAUAAAACUCCGUACCUUACUAUGGAAGAAAUCACAAGGACCAUUCAUAUUGGACCAAGUAGACUAGGGCAUCCUUGCUUUUAUCAUCAGAAGGAUAUAAAACUAGAGAGCCUCAUCAUAAAGCAAGGUGAGCAAAUCAUGCUCAACUCAGUUGAAGAGAUCAAUGGAGAAAUAAUGGUGAGCUGUGCAGUGGUAAGAAAUCAUCAAAAUCAUUCAUUUAAUUUGCCUUUGUCACAAGAAGGAGAAUUCUACGAGUGUGAAGAUGAACGUAUUUAUACCCUAAAGGAGAUUGUUGAAUGGAAGAUUCCCAAAAACAGAACACGAACUGUAAAACUUACAGAUUUUUCAAAUAAGUGGGACUCAACGAAUCCAUUUCCUAAAGACUUUUAUGGUACCCUGAUUCUCAAGCCUGUUUAUGAAAUUCAAGGUGUGAUGAAAUUUCGAAAGGAUGUAGUCCGCAUCCUCCCCAGUCUAGAUGUCGAAGUCAAAGACAUUACUGAUUCUUAUGAUGCCAACUGGUUUCUUCAGCUGUUAUCAACACAAGAUCUUUUUGAAAUGACCAGUAAAGAGUUCCCCAUAGUGACUGAAGUCAUAGAAGCACCUCAAGGAAACCACCUGCCCCAAAGCAUUUUACAGCCUGGGAAAACCAUUGUGAUCCACAAAAAAUACCAGGCAUCAAGAAUCUUAGCUUCUGAAAUUAGAAGCAAUUUUCCAAAAAGACACUUCUUGAUCCCCACUAGCUAUAAAGGCAAGUUCAAGCGGCGACCAAGGGAGUUUCCAACGGCCUAUGACCUAGAGAUCGCUAAGAGUGAAAAGGAGCCUCUUCAUGUGGUGGCCACCAAAGCCUUUCAUUCCCCUCAUGACAAGCUGUCAUCUGUAUCUGUUGGUGACCAGUUUCUGGUGCAUCACUCAGAGACGGCUGAAGUCCUCUGUGAGGGAAUUAAAAAAGUGGUGAAUGUUCUGGCCUGUGAAAAAAUUCUCAAAAAAUCCUAUGAGGCAGUGCUGCUCCCUUUGUACAUGGAAGGAGGUUUUGUAGAGGUGAUUCAUGAUAAAAAACAGUACCCAAUUUCUGAGCUCUGUAAGCAGUUCCGCUUGCCCUUCAAUGUGAAGGUAUCUGUCAGGGAUCUUUCCAUUGAAGAGGACGUGCUGGCUGCUACACCAGGACUGCAGUUGGAGGAGGACAUCACAGACUCUUACCUACUCAUAAGUGACUUUGCCAACCCUGCGGAGUGCUGGGAAAUUCCUGUGGGGCGCUUGAAUAUGACUGUUCAGUUAGUUAGUAAUUUCUCUAGGGAUACAGAACCAUUUCUAGUCAGGACUCUGGUAGAAGAGAUCACUGAAGAGCAAUAUUACAUGAUGCGGAGAUAUGAAAGCUCAGCCUCACACCCCCCACCUCGCCCUCCCAAACACCCCUCAGUAGAGGAAACAAAGUUAACCCUGCUAACCUUAGCAGAAGAAAGGACGGUGGACCUGCCCAAGCCUCCCAAGGAUCAUCAUGUAGACAUAUCCAAGAAACUUCACCAGAAUCAAGCUGGCCUGGAUUCAAAAGUACCAGUUGGUAGUCAGAAUGAUUUCGUGGAUGUAGAGAACGAGAGGAGCAACUGUGGGGCCACAGCAGUAGCAGGUACUAACGUGACUACAAGUCAGUUCAACCACAGUGGUUUAACUGUCCACAUGACAAAGGUGCAAUGGACAGAUUCUUACUGCCAUUUUGUUUGGAAUAUAUGGCUCAGCCAAAGUGACCACCUGCCCUGCAAAUCACAUUGAAAUAAAGUAUUGCAUGAGGCAUAAUAUUGAACACUCACAACAAUAAUGAUAAUGUUUAUUGUUUUUCGUUAUUAGAUUUUUCACCUCAUUUAUGGUUUUCAUGGCCAAUGAAGUGUUUUAAGAUUGCUUGUAUUGUUGUGAUAAUAAAAUUUUGAUAUUUUUUCUAGAACAAUGAACAACAAGAAUUACUCUCUUGAAAAGAGAUUAAAAUAAUUGACAUGCUUUAAAUUUAAAGAAGUAUCAGAUAAGUCCUUGACUGCAAACUUGAAUUAUUAUCAUCUAUAGAGAUUGUGAUCUGAUAUUUUUCAUCUCUACUGAGGGCAAAACAAGAGCAAAUGGACUUGCGGAGGAGUUGAUAGCAUUCAAUUAAGCUACCCAGACUAACUUCCAUAUGGCAGAAACUUGGGAUGAGAUAGCAAGGGAAAUAAGAAGUUUGUUUCUUGCCAAUAUUUUAGAUACACCAAACCCCCUCAAUUUCUAUUACACUUUGUCUUUGAAACUUCACAUUUAGUUCAUGGGAAAAUUGAAACUGUAAUUAUUCUUAAGCAUACGGUUUGUUCCUUUCUCCUCCUUAUUUGGUUUUGUAGCUAGCACGCUUUCUUCUCCAAGGACAUGUAAAAGUCAAAACACUAGAUAUAAAGUCUCUGAAGUGUUCCUGCUCCAAACCCGGUCUGCACAAUCUGGGUUCUUUCAUGUAGUUAGCUUACAGGCUUCUGACACUCCUAUAAAAAUGUCCCAUAGAUCUUUUCUUAUUACCUUUUCAUUGACUGUCUUCGAGUGAGAAAAAUGAAAUUCUGUAAAGGGCUUUGAAAACCAUGCAUAUUGCAAUUCCUCCAAAUUUCUAAUACUAAUCAAGUGUGACUAUAAAAGAAACAACCACUGCAGUGAAAUUGCUGCAGCGUGUAGAGUCUCAAGCCAUUAUUAAUUCAUUGGAAACUGAUUUUUUUUUCUUUUUCUUUAAGAUUGUGGAUUCUAAAAAGUACCAGAUAACACAAUUCCUGAGAUCAAAGUUUUUGUUUGAAUCAGAGGGAAAUGUUACCUAAUCUUCUCUUGUAUGUGAAUCUUUCGGGCAUGGUACAGCAGUAGUCCCAGCUUCGUGCCCUGAGUGAGUAGUAAAGCGUAUGUUACAGACCAGAGCAGCACCUGCUUUGAACAUAUUACUUGGAAGUGAUGAUUUUAGAGACAAGGAUGACCUGGAAUUAAAGCAGUGGUUCUAGGCAAAUGAGACUCCUUAACUUCAUUCAAGAGAGUAAAAUGGAAUCUCCUUUCCUAAAUCAAUUUGAUUUUAACAUCCAUUUAUUUAGAAAUUACCCAGUAUGAACUUCUUGGCAAUAUUUUUAUUUGCUUUCCCAUUUGUAAAUGCAAUAAAUUACCGUCUCUCUUCAUUAUGGAUUAUAAUUGUGUGAUAAUUCUAUAUAUAAAAAUGCAAAAGUAGAGUAGAGCAAAAAUAUAAUUUUUCAAACUUUAUUUUUAUCUUAUAUAAUAUAGUGUAUGUUCUUCAUUUCCAAAAAGAAAAGACUCAUUGGAGCCAUACUUUACACUUACCAUACUUCAUGUAGAUAGCUCAUGGAUUAUGUAGUAGCCUCCUUUGAGUUCAGGAUGGGUAGAUUAGGCAUUUUCUGAGCUUUCUCCUCUUUCUAAUGCCUAGACGUAAGUCAGUCAUUUCCUAAAUUUUCUUUGAUGAGAGUAACAGUUGCAGAGACUUUAUAGCAUAUCACUGACUUAAAAAAAAAAGAAAAAACCUAAUUAAGAUAGGGGUGCUGCUUUCCUUUUCUAGCAUUGCUCUUUCAGGGACCCAGACCUAAUUCUUUCAGUUAAAUGGUGUGGAACCUUUUCAAAUAUGUAUCUAAUAAUUGUACUAAAGGGAAUUAUUUAUCUUGGUAUUCAAUGUCAACAACUAGAAUUUUGCUGUGAAUGACUGAACAUGAAUUGUGUAAUAAGACUCUAUUCCAGCCAAGAGCACAGUAAACCCUCACUCAAGAUCAAUGCUGCCAGCCGCUGAUAUCUUCGCUAAGAAACUGAUGAAAACAUUUCACUAGAUAAUCUAGAUGACCUUCUUCUGUGGGUCCCUGAUUCACUCUGGUUGCUUGGUGAUGCCCAUGCCUUAUUUUAAAAACAUUAUUAUUAAUUCUACAUGUUAUUUUAUUCAUAAAUUACUAAAAAAAAUAGUUCUCUGAAAGCAGGAUGAUUAAGUGAUAGAAUGACAAAGUGUACACCUUUAGAGACAGAACUGAGAUUUCUGGGUUUACAUUUUGGCUCCCCCAUUAGGUAACCAUGUACCAUGUGCAAUUUGUUAAAAAGACUAUUCCAUUAUUUGUAAAAUUUAGUUACUGGUAGUGCUAUACCAUGGGAUAUUUUCUAAAGAUUAUAUUAGAUCAAAUAGGUAAAAGUUAGUAUAGUACAUAGUAACUACAAUGAAGUCAAGCUGCAAUAAUUAACUACUGAGUCUUUACAAAUUGAUUGCUAAGGGAAAUUUUGUUUUCCUACAGUGUGCUCUGUAAAUUGCUGGCUGUGGCCACUUGAUGUUAUGGGUCCUUCAGUCUCUUGAGUUUCUGUUUGUAUUUUUUUGCCUUUGAGGACAGUAUGUUCUUGGAAAUGUUGUGGCCUUCGUGAAUGCUAUGAAUAUUGGAAAGGAUGAGAAACCCUCUUUGUUAAUGUCAUUGAUUCCUCAGAGUAAAAGAAACACUGCAAUUGUUUAGCGACAUGGAUGUCCUGACUCUUUCUGAUGGACUCUUUCCCCAUCUUACCUCAGCGGCAGUAGCUGAGGACGAGCACAGGACUUCAAUGUUUAUUCAGCUUAAGGCCUAUUUUUAGCUGAUAGCAUGUGUUAAGUGGAAAUGUUUUCAUUGAGUUAGUUAUUUGUUGCAUCAGUUCCCUGGGCUGAUUUGCCUAUGGAAAAUUGAUUGGGAAGUUGUCUCAGGAACACUUGAGGCAGAGUCCCAGAAGCAGGUCUGGGCAGAGGGAGAAAUUGAACCAUGAUACAGUCACAACAAAGACCUCAACUGAUCCUGUAGGGAGCUCUGGAAUUGGCAUGGCUCUUUAAGGUUGUUCUGAAUUAGAAAGUAGGGAACAGAGCUUUAUACCCCCUGCAUCAAACAAUCAUCAGAUGCAGCUGUCCCUGAGAAGGGUCUGUGGUUACAGGCAAUGUGGCUUUUUAGCCAAGGGCACAGCCAUUUGGUAUAAGAGGACGAUUAUUUAGUUCUGAGGCAGAUCUGGGUAUUAUGUGGGUCACUCAUUAAUUGCUGCCAUUGCUUCUGGUUAUCUUCCUGGCUAAACAGGGGGCCAUUUUCCUUUUUCCUCCUUAUGUCUCUCUAGAAACUGAAAUCUUUGCCAGGAAGGAUGACCUUUUAAAUAUGCUUAUUUGUUUUUGCCCUACAUAAACAUAAAUGUUUUCUAGUGAGCAAAUUUUGUACUCCCCCAAUCCAUAUUUUCUAAUGUAAUUUUCUUCCUUUUGUAGCUUUGACUAUGUUCUUUGAAUUUUCCUACCACCUUACACUAAAUCUGUGCUACUGCUUGUCCUUCAUAAAUUAGACUUGUCAAGUAGUAAGAAAAAUCCUAGGCUAGAAAAUGAAACCCAGACACCCCACCAAAAUAAUGGGUACACCAGAUAAUCUGUAUGCCCUGUCGGUUCUGAAAGCCUGUGAUCCUAUGGGUUAUUCUGAGUUAGAGCAUUGAAAUUGUUAGGCUCAAAAGGUCCUAUCUCUAAGAGAGACUCACAUACAGGUGAUUGACCACAUCUAAGAUCCUACUUAAUUUGGAAAUUAAACAGGUCAGAAUAAACAAACUCCCGGGGAAAGCUCUCCACUUAGGCCAAGGCGGAAGCUAGGGAAUAAAGAAUGAUUCCGUAGCUUUAGUUUAACCCAAAUGUUUCAUGUAAACUUCAGAUCUUAUUUGUAUCAUGGAAAAUAAAACAUGAGUCAGUUCCCUAUCAGGACCAUUUUGAGGAUUAGACAAGUCAGGGGUUCUAUAUUAAAGACCUUAAUUGAAUGGCUGAUUAUAUGUAAUCAAGAGGCAGGUAGUUUAGAUCAUAAAACACAUUGCUGUUUCUUAAUUUUAAUGAAGAAACAUCUCAAUAAUUCAAUGUUAUUCUAAGUAGUGUCUAAGUGCAAAAACUACCUGAUUCCAAAGUCUAGAAAACCUGUUAUUAAAAAUAUUGCAUAGUUUUCAAGUGAUGAUUUCAAAAUCUAUCCUUUCAUCUUUAUAUUUAACAUCAAUGCAGCUUUUUCAUAAUAUAAACAAAAUAAUGAUUUAGCAGAAUUUAUUUUACAUUUCUAGAUAAUGCUAUUUUAGUUUGGAAAUACUGAUACCCUAAAAAAAAUAUUAUAAGAUCGCUCUUCGUUUUAUAGCAAACAAUCUCCCUCUUCUCAGAAGAUUUAAAUGUUUAAGAAUGUGCUGCAAGGAGAACCCAGUCAUUUCAUUCUUUGAACAAUUCUGAAAUAUCAUUUCCUAUUAGGCAGUUGUGUGAGCACUGACAGCCUGGCCCCUCUUCUUCCCUAGAGAUUAAUUUAUUUCUUGCAGUGCUUGCUCUUCAUGGAAAUCUUACUCGUAAGCCUUCACCAAUGGGAGAUCUCAUCAGCAGAAUGUUAAUUAUAAAAGCAAAACUGUGUACCAUAUUGAGUGAGAAAAACAGUUCUCUAGGCAAAGCAACCUUUUUCUUUCUUGUUACUCUGCUCUCUGCUCCAUCUAGGGUUGAACAGAAAUAUUAACCCCUGGGAAAAUAUUCCACAAGGUGCUAGGGGAUGGUAGAAAAUGCAAAUUUUACAAUGAGACAGACCCAUGUCUAAGCUCUAAUUCAAGAAUGUCACACUUGUUUGUGACUUUGUUUACUUAUCUUUACAAUUAGAAUAAACAUACUUACCUUACAUGAAAGUUCUUGUGCUUUAAAAUAUCACUUAAUGUGCAUGUUAAAAAUACAUAUUCUUGGGAUCUAUUCUCUAGAGCAGAGGUAGCAAACCAUCAUGGCCUGUGCGUAAAAUAUUAAUAGGUCCCAUUGCCUGUUUUUUUAUGGCUCAGGAGCCAUGAAUGUUUGCUUUUUCAUUUUCAAAUGUUAAAGAAUAUUAAAAAAUAAUUUUUGACAUGUAAAAAUUAUAUAAAAUUCAAAUUUUAGUGUCUAUGAGUAAAGUUUUAUUGGCGCACAUCCACAUUUAUUUAAACAUUGUCUUUGACUGCUUUAGUGCUCUCUCACCACAGUCAAAUAAUGGUAGCAGAUAUUUACCGUCUGGCUCUUUAGAGAAAAAGUACGAUUCAGAGGUUCUCAGAUACACCACAGGGAUAUAUUUCAACAUAUCUCAGGUGAAUCUGCUAUAGGGGCUCUAUGCAUUACACUUUGAAAAAUAAUGCACUAGAAGAAUUGUGAACAACCUUUCUGUUCUUCUCACUUAUCACAUCCACUCUACCAGAAAGCCUGAUCGGCUUUAUCCUCAAACCACAUCUAGAAUAUGCUCAUUUUUUUUUUCCGUGGCUACUGCUACCAACCAAAUCGAAACUAUCUGCUGCUAUCUACCACUGUCUCUUAUCCAGAUUCUUGCAGUUCCAUUCUAAGUAGUCUAUUUGCUCCCACACUUGGCCCGUAGUGACCGUUCUUGACACAACAGCCAGAGUAAGUAUAUUAUCAUCUUAAAUCAGACAGUGUAACGCCUCUCAUUAAUAUCCUCCAGUGGCCUCCCUACUUCUCCUCCCUUCUCACUACUCUGGAUAUGUUGGCUUCAUAGUGGUUUCUCAGAAACCCUAGAAGAGCUCUAUCCUCAAGGCUGGCACAGACUGUUUUAUCUAAUGCCACAAUCUUUCCCCAGAGAUCCAUGUGGUUUUCAGCUUCACUUCCUUUAGGUCUUUCUUCAAUGGUUACCUUCUUGGUGAUCACCUUAUUUUAAAACUAUAACCCUCCUGUCUGGGACUGUCUGCUUCCUUUAUGCUCUCUAACAUAUUUUUCACUGUCCUCUUUAUUUUGAUUAUUGGUCACCUAUUCCACAUAAGGUCACUAUGAAGGCAGGGAUUUUUAUCCGUUUGCUCUAUCCUUAGGUUAUAGGAAAGUCUCUGGCUCAUAAGAGGUUCACAUUAAGUAUUUCUUGAAUACAAAAAUGAACUCCAUACUCCUGUCUUGUGUUUGACAGAUGACAUGUGGAUUCUAUCAAACAUUUUCUGCAUGCAAAAACAGUUGCCAAGAGUGCAAAGACUCAUCUCUGAAACAUAAUGCAAUACCCACUUAAUCACUUCAAAUGAGAGGGGAAAUAAAGCAGCUAUUAGCUUGUAUUAUUUGUUUGUUCAGUCUCAGCCAACAAUUUGAUUACAAAAGAUAUAAGGAAAGGGAAACUAAUGGUGGGUACAAAUACGAAAACAUGAAUGAAAAUCCAGUUGAAACUGCUCAGAAGAGACUCCAAGAAACCACAAUCAAGUUGCAUCCUAUAAGAGGUAGAUGGCUCACGGCAGGUUUGAAUGUUCACCAUCAUGUUGAGCAAUUUCAGGUGACUGGCACUCAAAGUUCCCUAAAAGGAAAACGAAGAGGGAAUAUUUUUCCUUCAAAUUAACCCUUUAGGAAACAUCAGCCUUAUAAGAUAAUGUAAAUUACUUCUAGACAUACUUCAGCUUGAUUCCUCCAAAAUAUGAGGAAAUGGAAAUUUUUUUUCAUAUUAACCUUCUUAUUCCAAUAAUUAUCUAUGUAAUUUUAUGCUUAUAACUUCAUUUUGUAGAUUAUUCCUACAAAGAUGUAAUUCUAACCAUUGAAGGACACUUCUUUAGCCUGUGUUUUUGGGAGAGAAAAGCAAAAUGAAACUCCAUUCUAUGUCUACUCUUCUAAUUGGGAAAUACUUCAUUUGAUCUCCAAGGAACCUAGUCUACAUGAUUAUAAAUACCUCAGUUAGUGUGAUCAUCUGAGUAGUUGCUUCAGUGAAUAUUCAUUUCAAUGAAAUCAUCACCUCCUUAUUAAACUUUUGACAUUUCCAGAAGGAAUAGGUGAUGAAUGCCAAAAAGAAAAAUGCUUUAAAUCAACUGGGAUUUUAAAACCUAAAUCAUCGUCAGAAAAAAAAAAGUUCUUUCACAUUUUGACAUUUCUUGAAAGUUAGUAUGCUAAGGAACACAGUUUUGAUUCAAUAUGGAAUCUUCUGCUAUCAACUGGAGCUUGCCACCAGAGCAUAGAUUCAAUUUAGAGGACCAUUGCACUGGGUGAAGAUUGGGUUAGAUCAGGCAGGGUGAGAUGACCUAAAAGGUCCCCUCUGAAACUAAGAUUGUUUAAAUCCCAGUAUUUUAUUUGGAAAUAAUCUGAUUAUUUUAAUUACCUCAACUCCCAUUUUUCUGCUUGAUUAUGUACUAUCUUAAAUCAGCUUAUUGACAAGGGAGAGCUAGACCAAUAACUGUCAAGAUGACAGAUUGAACUUUCAAACUGCAUGCUUGUAAUAGAUUUAUAUGACUCUGAGAUGGUAAUAGCAAGUAAUAUUUCUGUAGCACUUUACAUUUUACAAAGUACUUGCAAGAUCAUUAUUUCAUUUGAUAUUUCCUAAACUCUCUAUGAUUCAGUUAUUAUAAUGAAAACGUAUUCACUGAUAAGAAAAUGGAAUUCAGGGAUUCCUCAAGACACACAGCCAGUUAAGUUGUAGGCCCAGGAAUCAGAUCUAGGUCUUCAGAUUCCAAUUCUCUGUACUACAAUUCAUUUAUUUCAUUUUCCUUCAUCCCAUCCCCCUGCUCCCUAAGAAAAAGCAGCGCUGUAAGGAAGAAAUAUUGCUGUUAUUCCUUUUUAUAGAUAAAGUCACAAAGAUAGUAAAUGAUAGAAGUGGGAAUAAAAUCUGGGCAUACUGCCUAAAAAUCUUGUGUUCUUUUAUCUAAAAUGUAUAUUGUACAGUGUGUGGUUUUAUUAUUGUUUGUCAUAUAAGAAACAUCUGAAAAUCUAAAGGCAUCCUUUGAAGACAGUGGAUCAUGAGGAGUGGGAAGAAAAUCUAGGAGAACAUGCAGUGCAGGUUCUCUUCCUCAUCAGUCCACUGACCGCUCUAGUUCCCAGCUCCAGAUAGUACUGAUGGAAACGUUGAUAGAGGAAAGAAAUUCAGACCAUUAGGGGAAUUAACAUGAUGUGUAGAGAUAUUCCUCUUCUUUCUUCUUCGACAUUACCUUUCUUUUUUCUCAAUUAGUUUGUGACCUCCUCAGGAGUCACAGAACUGCACAUUUUGUUUCUGUGUUUCACAUAUAUCAUAAAAGUCGCUAAGAGAUGGUGAGAUAAUUUCAAUCUUUUAACAUUUAUUGACAUAUUCUAUCUUUGUGAUUAUUCCAUUCAAUAGGCAGUAUUUUCCUCCUUCUCCUUCUCCUUUAAAAAAAUAUGAGAAAAUGAGGCACAUAAAGGUUAGGUAAAUUACUUUAGGUUAUAAAGUUAGUGUGACAGAAAAAGAAUUCAACGAAGAAAAGAAAGAAGAAAGUGAGGAAAAAUGGGAGGGGGAAGAGGGAAGGAAAACAAAUGGAAGAAAUAAAGGAAAGGAAUGAAGGAAAGGAAGAA